CAGCGCGCAGGCGCGGGGCCGCCCCUGCCCCGGCAGCGGGAGCUUGAAGCGCUGAGGGGAGGCAGGGACGGAAGGGCGGCCCCGCCGGGUUCUUUCUUCCUUCGCCCGGGCCCUGUGGGGUUUGUGCUCCCCGAGCGGCCUCCCUUCGCUCCUCAGCUCUGCGGGUCGGUGCUUCGGCUGCGUUUCUGGGGUGCGGCACCUCAGAACGAGCUCCACGGGUCUGUGGCCCUACUUAUGGGCUGCCCAGUCUUCGUCCUGCUUCUCUGCGGGUGGAAAACUAGCAAGGCAGAAGCUUGAGUGUUGAUAGUAUUGUGUUAAAAGUAUUGAGUGUUAAUAGAGCCUUGUGUCGUUGAGACAGUAAAAGGAGUGCGUGCCUUUAUAUAAUAUAGCUAUAAGCAGGAAGAGAGAAUGUAGUUACAGACGUACCCAAAGUACAAAACUCAAAGACAGCUAUUUAUCUCGAGAUGGAAGAGUCAGUGCUGGAUAAAUUGCCAUCUUUGUGCAGUACUCCAAAGGAUUCUGGGGCAGCACCUGCACAGGGCACUAGUUCAGGUAAACAGCAUAUGAGUGCAGCUCUGAGGGAACGAUUAAGGAAAACAAGACGUUCAUUUAACACCAGUUUUACAGUGGCAAAGCGACUCAAAAUAGACACUGAAGAAAAAGACACUGCUGGUGCUGACACAGGGUCCUUGCCAGAGACGAGUACAGACUGUUCCAGGUUACAAGAUGGUUCUGAAAACCUGGAAGGAAAUGGCACUGGACAUACAUGUUUCGAAAGUCCCUCACAGGAGAGUGAUCUCUGUGGAUCAGCAGAGAAUUCGGAUGUGCUACAGGUUGAUCUUGGUCAGCAACAGUCCCUUGAAGAGAAAGUAAAGCUGGUGAAACAAGUGCAAGAGAAGGAAGAGCUACUUCGUAGGCUCAAACUGGUGAAGAUGUAUCGAUCCAAGAACAACCUGUCUGAGCUGCAGGCUUUGAUAGUGAAGUGGAGAAGCAGCACCCAGCUGAUGCUGUAUGAGCUGCAGUCAGCCUUUUCUGCAGAUGGCAAGAAAGUGAGUCUCACUCAGCUCAUCGACACUUUUGGGUUAGAAGACCAGUUACUGCACUACAGCAGAACAGAAGAAGAUUUUGUAGAUGCAUAAUCUACAGCUGCAGAGCUUUCUUUGCACAGACACAAAAGCAGAAAAGACUGAAUAAAUUCUGAUUGUGUCAGAA